UGUUUAGCUUAAAUUUUGAAUUACUUUGACUAGAAACAAUUGCCCCCCUCACCCGGCUGGCGAUAAAUAUAUUUUGUGUGGCAAGAUGAGCGUUGAGGAGCGACCACCGGCAUUUGUAUGCAACGUGCAACUGAACGUGGAGCCCUGCGAGCGGCCCAAGCAGCCACCGGGAUGUCCGCCGCCCAUUGAUUCGCGCAGCACCGAGUCCGAACAGCAGAACUCGGAGGAGUGCUGCGUUGAGCUGGAGAAUGUGACGGUGAAGUUCCGGCUCUCCGACUCGGAAAUGGUGGCCCAGGUGUAUCCCAACUGCAUGACCCUUGGUGAAGUAAAGCAAGACAUGGCUCGCAAGUUUGAGGUGGACCCCAAAUUGCUGGUACUCCUGCAGAAUGGUAACGUGCUCUGUAACAGCUUACCCAUCAACUCCACUGCCUUGGAUGAGUUCGGGAUCCAUGAGUUCCAGCUGGAGCUGCAAUGCAACGACAGCGUCCAAGGCGACAGUCAGACGUCGCUGCCCAAGCUGGACCUGGAUGUCUACUAUGACAAACACCGCCUAGCGGACUUUAUCACUGUCCACAUUUCCGGCGAGGACACCCAGGAUGGCGAGCCGAAGAAUGUGGUGGUUGAGAUCGAGAAUGCGUCAAUCGUCAAGCCUUUUCUGUGUGGCUACCGGGAUACGGUUAGCGGAAGGGAGUAUCUGGAUGCUUUCACCCAGACAGGGCCCUACUUCGAUAAGAUGAAGUACCGGAAGUACAAGUCCAGGGAUACGCAGACAUGGGAGCCUAAGGAAAAGAUUCUGAACACGGCCCAUGAGCAGUCGGUACAAUGUUUCCUAGAUGGCAUCAACAUUAUGUAUGUGUCCGCUGCGAAUGACUUCACCAUUGUCCCUGGAAAGUACCAGACCUUUGCCCAAAAAGAGCGGGCAGAGCGGAAGCUCGAGAAGAUUCAGCUCAUUCAGCGCAAUUGGAGAAGAUGGAUUCUCUGGAAAUACAUACACAUGAGGGCCGCAGAAUAUCGUCGCCUGGUGCAGAACCGUGAGCAGGAAGACAAGCGGUACGAGAAGUGCGUGGAGAAGCGUGUGGAACGGCACCAGGUGGUUAAGCAGUUCCCCCGCAGCAAGGACGACUUCGAUCUGCUAUUCGCGGAGGUGGGGCGCUGGAAGAAGGCUGAGCUGAAGCGGAUUACUGCCAACUAUGAAGGCCCCGCCCGCAUCGCCGAGGUGAAUAUCCUGCUAGACAAGGAGAUUCAACUGUUGAACGGUGUGGAGCGGCAACGGAAUCUCGUCUACAAGUCCAUGGAGGAGUUUCGCAACGAUCAGCUGCUAAAGGAGAUGGGUAAGCCAAUUGAGUGGAUCGGCUACAAGGACACGAAGAUCCACCUGGACCUCUUGAGCACGCAGCGGGUGCGCUUCCUCACCGAGAUCUACAAGGAUAUGCGUAAGCCGCGCAGCAAGGAGGACCGCCUGGACUUUAUUCGCCAAGUGAUGGUUGUGCUCACCGAGGAGGCGUGUUAUCCAAACUUUCCCGAGCUCUUUGACUUAUUUGAUCGUGAGAAGAAUCUGCUGCUAUACGCCAAGUCCUGUGACGUGGAAAUUCUGCGCAAGCGCCAGAGCAUCCUCUUCUUUGACCUAAUCAAGUUUCAGAAGAACAAGCCGAAGAAGAGGACGCCCUCGCGCAUGUGCAUCGUCUGCAAGAAGGUCAAGACCUUUGCCGAAUUCGCCAUUCGUACACGUCAGAGCCAUGUGGAUACCUGCAAGAACUGCUAUUAUCUUAAGCUCACGGCCACAGAGAACACUGUAUACCAGUCCAUCCUGCGGUGCAUUCAUCGGGAUGAGCGCAAACGCAAAUGCGCCACUUCAUUCGCCUUUGUGAUGCAGCCCGACGAUGUGCGUCAUAUCAUUGACAAGAUUUGGCAUGGACACUCGGCCCUCAGCAAGUCGGAGAAUCUCAGUGAAUUGAGAUUGCCUCGUUGGAUCAAGAGUGAUGACUGGGCUCCAUGGAACUGUAUUUGCUUGACCGAGCGGGAGACUCGGGAUCACUACAAGAUCGACGAUAUCGAAAAGCUGUACGAUCCAAAGUUUAUAUUGCACGUCGGCAACUUGCACAUGCUGGCUCGCAGCCUGUUUCAUACUUUGGCUGCUGUUGCCAUCGAAUUCCAGGAGACGGGCCAGUGGUGGAAGGUGGGCAUGAACAAGCAACGCAGCAGUCAGCUCGACACCGUUUAAAGCAUAUCAAAAUACGUAUAAUCUGUCGCUUGAAUUACGAGUCUGCGAGAAGUCAUUGCAGCAACUAAAAUCUAUCCACACUCCAUUUGGGUUUAGCAUGUAAUUCAGCGCCUAAUUUUACAUUUACAAAAUUUAAACAAUUCAAAUGUUUAUCAAACAUUACAAGGAAAAUAUAUAAACUACAACGGCAAUUAUUUGCCACUUGCAA